AUGGCGGCAUCAGCACAGGUCAUGGCGCCUCAGAACGCCGGCGCCGCGCCCUAUUCAUGGUCGCAGAACGAGAACGAUGACCGCCUCAGUUGGCUUGACAAGCACCAUAGGGAGAAGAUCUCCGAGGCGGACGAGAGCAUGCGGAACCACCGCGAGUUCCACCUGGAUGCGAUGAAGGAGGCCGACGGGCGGCUGGCGGCAGCCGAGGACCGCAUCCAGCAACACCGCACCUGGCACGAAGAAGCCAUGCGCGAGGCCGACGAGCGCCUAGACGCCGCCGACGACAGCAUGGUCGAGCACCGGCGCUUCCACGAGCGCGCGAUGCGCGAGGCCGACGAGCGGUUAGCAGCCGCCGAGGACCGAAUCAAAGAGCACCGCGUCUGGCACGCGCAGGCCAUGGCUGAAGCGGACGAGCGGCUGGCCGCGAGCGACAUCAGUAUGGUCGAGCACCGGCAAUUCCACGCGCGCGCAAUGCGCGAGGCGGAUGAACGGCUGGCUGCCGCUGAGGACAGCAUCGUGCAGCAUAGGGAGUUCCACGUGCAGGCGAUGCGGGAGGCGGAUGAGAGGCUGGCGAAGGCGGAUGAUAGUAUGGUGGAGCAUCGGAAGUUUCAUGAGCGGGAGGUUGGGGAGGCGGGCGAAAGGAUACUGGCGCAUCGGAGGUACCAUGUUGAGGCCAUGAGGGAGGCGGAUGAGAGGCUGGCCAAGGCGGAUGAUGCCAUGGUCGAGCAUCGGAAGUUUCACGAGCGGGCGAUGAGGGAGGCGGAUGAGAGGUUGGCAAAGGCUGAUGAUAGCAUUGCUGAGCAUCGCAAGUUCCAUGAGAGGGCGAUGAAGGAGGCGGAUGAGAGGUUGGCUGCUUGA